GCGGCGUUCGACCCAAAAUGGGAAGUUCCGCUUUAAAGAUUGGUCCCCUGCUCCCCAUUAAGGAUUGGCACCUUCGGGAGUGGGGGGGGGGGGGUGACAGGUACCCGAAUUUGACAGGUACCCGCUCCCACUUCCGCUGCGAUCGCCUAGGAGAUCGGAAAUGGAAGUUGUCUUCCUACCCUCCCUCCCCGAAGUCUUGUGGGAUGUGACAGUUCCCAGUAGACAACGGGACCAUUCAGGAAGCCACAAGCUGAGGGCGGCAUCUUCAGUGUGGGCACCCGGCUGUGAUAGCUUGCGGCUUCACAGCCGGGUACCCACUGCGUAUGC